CCCUCGUCCCCUUCUUUCUCAGCAAACAGCUAUUGUUGACAAUGGCGAUAUGGAGUCUGAUUCAUUCGGCGAGGAAAAGUUAAUUUUUGUGGACGAUUGCGAGCAUUAAUCUUUUAAUUUUUUAUUUCUUAGGAUGAUUCCUGUUCACGGAGCGGACGGUACGGCAACUUCGUCGAGGGCUUCGUCGACUGUGACGAUGAACCAGAAGGAAAGAAUAAAUGGCUGGUCUUGCCCAUGGCAUCCUCUUCAAUUCGUCGCGUGGUUUUUCAUUUUCUUUUUCUCAGUUUGUUAUUUUGGUGUCUUCGUGUUUUACCUCCCUGAAGAAUGGAAGGCAGCUGGAUUCAUUAUUCCAGGUGGUUUUUGUGUUGUUCACAUCAUUUUUCAUUUGAUGGCACUGACCUUAGAUCCAGCUGAUCCUAACAUCAGAGGUGAUACACAAAAGGGCAAAGCAAUCUUUGAUAGGAGCCAGCAUGAACAUGUUAUUGAAAACUGCCACUGUUAUAUCUGCCAAGCUGAUGUUGGACCCAAAAGCAAACAUUGCUCUGUGUGCAACAAAUGUGUAUCUGAUUUUGACCAUCAUUGCAAAUGGCUGAAUAACUGUGUAGGAGGACAGAAUUAUAGAUUGUUUAUUGGCUGUGUUUCUAGUGCCUUUGUUCUGGCAUUAACAGUCUUCACAAUUACUUUUUAUGUCUUUGUAAUGUACUUUGUGGACAAAGAAGGCAUUAAGUCAUUAACAGGAGGACAGUUCAAAGUAUUUGUUGAAGUCUCUUCUGAUGAAGUAUUUGUUGCAUUCCUUGGUGUUAUAUUGGGUCUACUGUUGCUUACCAUAGCUCUUCUUGGACACCUGCUAGGAUUUCAUAUUUAUUUAAUGUGUCAUAGAAUAUCCACAUACGAGUUCAUUAUUAAUUCAAGAGAUAGCCAAGCUGGUGUCACUGAUGUUGAAGCAGGCACAAAGUCACCAUCAAAUAGAAAAUUAUUUAAGAAUAAAGUGAAACCUGAAGAAGACAGGAGGGAGAAUUCAGAACCUCCAAGGAUUGAAAUAAGUGAUCAUGGCAGGUCCGAGGUAUCAGAGGAUUCUCUUCCUGUUGAGACAACUGUCAAGUUCAUAAGUGAAGUCAGUUCUAAGGCCGCUGCUAAACAUCACAGAUCCAGUGUUGACCAUAAACAAUCACAAGACCAGGAAUUAGUGUCUAAACAACCCUUAGUAAUCAAAGAUUAUUCGCCACUGGGAAUGACGGAGCAUUCAGGUUCAGAGGAAUCCUUGAAGGAAAUCACAUCCACUACCCCACGGGUUGCAAUUCAUCAGCCGGCAAUCGCAAACAUGGCCUCUAAGCUAGAGCAACCUGCGGAAAUUGUUGUCGACCAAUACGGUACUGACACAGCAUCAGCCCGACCGGGGCCUAGUGGGAUGACUUUUGCCGAUGAUGAUGAAGGCGAGGAACUAGUACCAAGUCCCAGGAAGAGGAAAAAACGGAAAGUUCGUGAAGGAAUGAAUUCACAGACAAGUAAUAAUGAGGAAUGUGAACUUGUUGGGGUUGUCACGAAAGAUAUUAAACCGGGAGAUGUAGCGAAAGGACAAGACACUGUAGAUGCUCCAAUUCCGAAGAAGAAGAAAAAGAAAAAGACGAAAAGCGCUUCACCAGAAAGCUUACCUCCUGUUGUAAAUCGCCGGCCACUUCCACAGUUACAAUUGGAAGACUGACUCGGACGAAUUUCAUUGGGAAAUUUUGAAUUAAAGCACUCCAGUGACACGAAUAUUUUAAAAUCAAUCGUUAUCGUUAAUUGUAAAUAGUAACUUAGUACAUUACAGGCGAAAUUUCACAAAUGAAAUGAAAUUUCAUUCGAAAAUUUCACUAUACAACCCAAAAGUAUUUAUGAUGUAAAAUGAAUUUUCUGUCCGUAAAUUAAUUUCGUAAAUUAAAAGCAUUUUUCUCGUA